GCGCGGGCUUGGGGGCUGGGUCGGAAAAGCUGCCUCACGGGCGCGCCCUCCUGCCCCUCCGCUGCUUCCCUCCCUCCCAGAGCGCCCCGCCCGGGCGUCCCUUCUAGUCUCCGCAGUGCCCUCCCGGAGGCACCGUUUGCAGCGGCCUUGCCAUGUCUCAGCCGGGCCAGAAGCCCGCUGCCUCCCCGCGGCCCCGGCGCGCGGCAGCGGCCCGCCAUCCCCAGGAGCAUGUCAGUGAAAAAAACAGUGGAUCGCCUUCCAAGUCAGGAGAAAAGAAAGGAUCAGAUGAGAAAAAAACAACAAGCCUUGAGAGCAGUCAGCCUUCCAGAACCCAUGCUGGCGGAACAGCCCCGGCCACCAAGGCGUCAACGUCUUCCGCCUCCACCAGCAAGUCGUCCAGUAUGAAUCCCAUGGAAGCCAAGGCUAUUCCAGCCAGCAAACAGAUGGAACGACAGCAUUCUCCUGACAAGAAAAGACACAGAAAACAGGCUGCAAAAACAGAAGCCGAAAAGAAGUUACAGUCAACUAAGCCAUCUGUGGUUCAUGAGAAAAAAACCCAAGAAGUAAAGCCAAAGGAACACAAAGAGCCAAAAAGCCUGCCCAAGCACGGCUCAGAUACAGAAAGCAAGCAUGUUCAUAAAGAAGCAGUGUCCAAAUCAAGUGAACAGCCGACAUCCGAGCAAUCCACAAACCCAAAGACUAAAUCACAGGAUGCGAUUUCUGCCGGCGGGGAGCCGGUUGGUGCUGGUGUAGCCGCGGCAUCCGCCACACCCGCGAAACAGAAAAAAGAAAAGAAAUCAUCAACGUCAGCUGUACCAGUUGAAUCCAAACCGAGUAAACCAUCUGGGAAGUCAGACAUGGAUGCUGCUUUGGAUGACUUAGUAGACACCCUAGGAGGACCUGCAGAAACUGAAGAAGAUAACACAGUGUAUACUGGACCUGAGAUUUCAGAUCCAAUGACUUCUACCUACAUAGAGGAAUUAGGUAAAAGAGAAGUUACACUUCCUCCAAAAUACCGGGAACUUUUGGCAAAAAAAGAAGGUAUCACAGAGCCUCCUCCAGACUCCUCGAAACCCAUGGGGCCCAAUGAUGCCAUAGAUGCUUUGUCGUCUGACUUCACCUGCAGUGCUCCUACCCCUGGUGGAAAGAAAGCAAAGGAAGAGAAAUCCACAGGAGAAGAGGUUUUAAAAGCUCAACAAGCCACGGCAAUCAAAAGUGCUGCUUCAUCCCAAGAGAAAAAAAGAAAGGCAGAGGAGCAGGACACAAUGAGUGACGAAGCACUGGAGGCUCUUUCGGAGUCGCUGGGCAGCCGGAAGCCAGAACCCGAGCUCGACCUCAGCUCCAUUAAGGAAGUCGACGAGUUUCUAUCUUCAGCUUUCUUUGAGGACUUACCGGGCACAGUGUGGCACGACAAGCUUUGUGAAGGCGAACACAGGGGAGCGGGGGAAGCAGUCCUUGUCCUCCAGGACCAAACAAAAGCCAAAGAAGAGAAACUAAAGAAGUGUGGUGAAGAUGAGGAAACCGUCCCAUCAGAGUACAGAUUAAAACCAGCCACGGAUAAAGAUGGAAAACCACUAUUGCCAGAACAUGAAGAAAAAUCCAAGCCCCUGAGUGAAUCAGAACUCAUUGAUGAACUUUCAGAAGAUUUUAACCAGCCUAAAAGUAAAGGAAAACAAGCUAAGCCAUCUAAAAAAACAGAAGACUCUCAGGCUGCUGCCCUAACUCCUGUGAGCGAGGCCGUGUCUCGGACUUCCCUGUGUAGUAUACAGUCGGCGCCGCCCAAGCCACCCACCUUGAAAGGCAUGGUGCCAGACAAUGCAGUAGAAGCCUUGGCCAGCAGCCUGGGGAAGAAGGAAGCAGAUCCAGAGGACGGAAAGCCCAUGGCGGAUCAAGUGAAGGAAAAAGCCAAAGAAGAGGAUCGUGAAAAACUUGGUGAAAAAGAAGAAACAAUUCCUCCUGAUUAUAGAUUAGAAGAGGACAAGGAUAAAGAUGGAAAACCACUCCUGACAAAAACACCCAGGGAAUCGCUUCCGGCCAUGAGUGAAGACUUCCUUCUGGAUGCUUUGUCUAAGGACUUUGCUGGUUCCCCAAACGCUGCACCUCUUAAAUUUGAAGACGCUAACCUUUCUGCUGUCAUCUCUGAAGUGGUUUCUCAAACCCCAGCUCCUACCACGCACUCUGCUGGCCCACCCCCUGACACUAAGCAGCAUGACAACAAAGAACUGGACGAUGCCCUGGACCAACUUUCUGACAGUCUAGGACAAAGGCAGCCUGAUCCUGACGACAACAAACCAAUGGAGGAUAAGGUCAAGGAAAGAGCUAAAGCCGAACACAGAGACAAGCUGGGAGAAAGAGAUGACACCAUCCCGCCUGAGUACAGGCACCUCCUGGACAACGACGACGAGGGCAAACCAGCAAAGCCACCUGCAAAGAAACCCAAGGACUCAAAGAAACCCGAAGAUGACAAUGACCCCAUCGAUGCUCUUUCAGGCGAUUUUGACAGCUGUCCUGCACCCAAGGAAACGUCAAACACAGCUGAGGACCGAGUCAAGAGAACUGCUCCCAGCUCCAAAGCACCCAAGAAUGGAGGGAAAGCAAAGGAUUCUGCCAAGGCAAAGGAGGAAACUAAGAAGCUAAAAGCUGAUGAAAAAAAUACAAGUUAAAGUUUACACUAUUGGUAUCUGCCUAUAAAAUCUUCAGCUGGUGGAUGGUGACUUUUGAAGGACAAAGCUUUGAACAACAGCAGAUUUUUCUGGGUGGCUUCUAGACAGUGUUACUUGUCCAAUCUUGAUAUCCUAAACAUUGGUUAUUCUUUUCCCAGAAAGAAAAUGAAUUUGUGUGGUUCAUCUGUGUUACUGUACUGAGUAUUGAUAAACUUUGAAUUUUUAAAAAAUGCCUUCAGUUGGGAGAGAUGGGAACUUUAUAUUUCUAUGAGAUAUAUUUGAUAGUUUCUUAAAGCAACACAUAAAAAAAGGAAAAACCUUUGCAAACUUUUGCACAUUCUAUACACAGUGCCUGUAAAUCUCAUUGGUAUUUUCACUUAGCACUUAAUUCUUUUGUUGUUGUUAGCAUUUGGAAAGCAAUGCUUUGAACGUGUCGAAUGUCCUAAUUUCUCAUGAUCCAUUUCCUCUUGGGCUUUGGAAUUGUACUUGAGAUUUCUUUGGGUUAAUGUUUAUAAGUCAAACCUAAAAUAUUGUACAUUGGGCACAUUAUCUCCUCUUGGGCUGCUAAUAAAUUAAUAGAUAACCUGGACAGACCAGGA